UAGGCCUCGGCUACCGGCUAGUUUAAAGUUUACACGCAGUCACAACAGAGACACUGACCAGUGAGGCAGAAUGUAUUGUACGUGUGUUUAUACGGUAGUUUGUACCAGGAUCUGCUUUUCUGCGAAGUGUGAACGGGCAUUCAUGGCUGCUGCAAAGGGAUGGUGGAUCUUUGCCUGGCUUGGAACAAGUUUUAUCAUUACCGCUUUAAUCAUACAGAUUAUCACCUUAUCAUGGAGAAACUGGGUCCAGUUAGAUUUCGCUGUAACCAACCAUACCGUGGAUCAUCUACAAAUCGGAUUGUGGGGAGCAUGUGUGGGUGGUGCAGAAUGCUAUUCGUUCCACGGGGAAGGAUUGCCAUGGUAUUUGCAAGCAACAGUGUUUCUGGCCAUGAUUGGAAUUUGUUUUGAAGCCCUGAUAUUUUGUUUGUGCAUUGUGGAGCUUUUAUAUCUGUGGAAUGCGAAGGGAUUCUUCCCAUUGAAACAGUCCCAGCUGUAUCUCGCUCUGGUGACUGUUGUUGUGACGUUAACGAUGGCGGUAAUUUCCGGUUCCAUGACUUUGUCUGGACUGGAAAAGGACAUGUGGAAGAUCGUAGAUGACCAGCUGCAUCUGAUGGAAGCCGGUUCAAAUGUCCGAGUGGGCCGAUUUACCGUGUCGCAAGCCUGGGGAUACCAAGUUCUCGUUUCGAUAUCCGUUAUUUGCUUCGUUAUCAUUACAAAAUCGCAACUGACGCGGAUGAGCGCCGUGCAGGACGAAGAAAGACCCGCCAACCAGCGCCGCAUUGAAGUUGUGCUCGUGUCGCCGCCGAUGUUCCGUGCUCCUAAUCUUCAGCUGCAGUACACGCCGCCUCCCGCGUAUUCCCCACCCCCCGCAUACGAUGGUCUGUAUCGCCUGGAUGAAAUGGAAACCCCCUUCAUUCUUCGUAUCGCCCAGGAGGAAAACGGAGAGUCUCGCACGUGUCGGUCUGGUACGGAUGAAGAUACGGCCACACUGAUAGCCUGACAACUGCGGUGCCAGCAUUUUCUGUAGAUUUUAAUCUCCAUAUCGUUAACGCCGUAAACCUGAUUGGGCUUCUUCGCGAAAAAAAGUGUUUUAUUUUAAAUUUGGAUAGUUUUUUCUUUCAGAUUUGGGUGGUUAUCGUGCGCCGUGCGUAGAUGUUCUGUAACGAUUUUGAUGAUGGAAAUAGUUAUUGCGAGUAUUCCGCAUUUAAAUACUGUCUGUGUAUUUAUGACGAGUAUUAAGAAGAGCUCAUAAUUUACGUGCCAAUGAUGACGUCCUACAGUAUGAGGAAGCAUAUUUGUAUUUUGUCCUAGUUUUCGUUUUAUAAAGAACCUUGA